AUGUUUGGUGCCGCAAAGUUCAAGCCCGAUCGAGACAUUCCAGACCUACGUGGAAGGGUCAUAUUCAUUACAGGAGGCAGUGACGGUCUCGGCAAGGAGUCCGCAAAGCAAUUCGCCAGGUACGGCGCAACCGUCUACAUUGGCGCGCGCAAUCGCGAGAAAGCGAGCGCUGCCAUUGCCGAGAUCAAGGCUAGUCUUGGGUUGGCGGUGCAUAGAAGCGAGGAGCAGACCGUUGCAAACAUUCACUUUAUUGAACUUGAUCUGGCGUCGCUGGACUCCGUGGCCAAGGCGGCACAGUCAUUCCGUGCCGCGAACAAUCGUCUCGACAUACUCAUGAACAACGGCGGCAUCAUGGCCACACCCGAGGGUCUAACAAAGGACGGAUACGAGAUCCAGUUUGGGACAAACCAUGUGGGACACGCACUCCUCACCAAGCUGUUGCUGCCAGUCCUCGAGGCAACGGCCACUAUGAACGGCGGCGAUGUCCGCAUCGUCAAUGUGACAUCGAUAGCACAGGAAUGGUUCGGCCCUCCCAAUGGCCUCUUACUCGAAGAGGCCAAGACGACCAUGGGCGGCAUCGGGCCCUGGCAGCGUUACGGCCACUCCAAGAUCGCCAAUGUCUACUUCACUAAGGGGCUGUCCAAGCGAUACCCCGGGAUCCGAUCCGUCGCCGUGCACCCGGGUGGCACCAAGACGAGUCUAUCCAAGGGAGUCGAGCCGACGCAGCCCGCACUUGUCCAGGCGUUCAUGGACUUGAUCAAGCGGUUCACCUUUGCCGACGUUGCCGAGGGUGCUUACAAUCAGCUCUGGGCUAGUACGUCCCCGGAGGCAAAGUCGGGUCUGCUACAUUACCCCGUCGCAAAGGAGCACAUAGAGAGGACAAUACUAAAGGACGAAGGGGUAGCGGAUAAGCUUUGGGAUUGGACGGAGAAAGAGCUGAGAAGGCUUGAGAUUUUUUGA